AUGUCCUGCAAUACUAAAUGCUGGCCAAUUUUUACGUCUGUGCUCCUGUUAAUUAUGAGCCUACUUAUUGCUCUAACCGAGGUAGCUAAUAUCCUGAUUGAUUUCUGGUAUACAAAUGUUUUCGGUGGGUUUUGGACAUCAAUAAUCAUUUUCCAUUAUGUAAUAGUAAUCCUAGUGCAUAAAUGUUCAAAGAAUGGAUGCUGUAAUUGCUGUCAUAGAUACUCGACUUUUAGUUGUUUAUUAUCAGUGUUGAGUUUGGGUACACUGAUAGGUUUCGACAUUGCAUUCAUUCUCAAUCCAUACAUCUGCAUAUUGACACCAACAUGCAGCUCACGUCCUCCAAUCACAUCCUACAAAUUUCUAAAUACAAUCUCUACCUUUGCAAAUUACAGUACCUACGACAGUAAACGUUUGUUCCUUUACAUCCAAGUUGGCUGUGCUGGGUUUGCAUUCAUUCUAUCCUUUAUAAUGCUGCUAAUGCAAUGCCGCCCUUGUUGCAAAAAGAAUAAACCAAAGUCACAGCUCAAAACAACAACUGCUACAGAACAGAAUAAACCAUUUACAGUCGUAUCUCUACCACCCAGAAAGCCGGAUAAGAAUAAACAAGCGUAUCCUGCCAUUCCGUCAAAUAAUAACGUGCCGCAUGCAGCUUCGAACGAAGCACAAGAGAAGAACAAGGGCACGAAUACAAUCGUAGAGCGAAAUCUUACGAUGGGACUUGCUAACAGAAAACAAGUAUUUCCUGAACCUAAUUGUAAAAAAGAUGAAGAGAUUAUAGCUAUUGCUGCCCUAAGAGAACAAAGAGUUGCGACUAAUAAUGGAGUUGUAUCACUUUUCUGGAUUGGAAGCGUACCGUUAUCUUACACUGAGAAAACUUUGGAAAAUGAACUUAACGUCACUACUGCUUCAGUGACAUUUUCUUCUAUCAAUGAUGCACUUCAAACAAUUGAAACGUCGACAAACGAAACAGUGUUCAUUAUUAUAAAUUCUGUUUUUGACAAAAUUACCAAUGACUUUAUCAAAGAACUGAAUAAACGACACCAAGUGGCGUAUAUUUACGUAAUUGAUUCAGAUGGCAAUCGCGCUAAACAGGAGUGUGAUAUGCUGAAUAGUGCCGGUAAGAUUAUCCAUUUUCUCAAAUUUGGAAAAGAAAUGGUGAACCAUAUUGGUAAAAAUGUUCGCAAUGCGAUGAAAAUGGCCAUCGACUUCAAUAUGUUCGACUCCAAAUCGCAAAUGACGACACGUGAUCUCACGAGAAAUUCGGCUGCGUUCUUAUGGUUUCAAAUUCUGCUCAGCAUCUUGAAAGAUUUUGGUCAGGAUAGUCAUGCUCGAACAGAAAUGAUCAAUAUGUGCCGUGCGUAUUGUGAGAAAAAUGAUCCAAGCGAGUUGGCGAAUAUUGAAAGAUAUCGACGAAAUGACGAGAAAAAGACGGCUAUCUAUUGGUACACAUUUGAAUCAUUUCUUUACAAACUUUUAAACAAGGCGUUGAGGAACGAGGAUGUUCACUCAUUAUGUCGAUUUGGAUGCUUUAUUGUCGAGUUGUCCAAUGAAAUCGACGAUCUACAUAGAAAGCGGGAAACGAGCGAACCUAAAUCACCAUUGCAGCUGUUUCGCGGUCAGGUGAUUACUAAGCGUGAGCAUGAACAGAUAUUAAAAAGUAAGGAUAAACUGAUCUCAACGAAUAGUUUCUUCUCUACUUCGCCCGAUCAAGACAAAGCUAUUGAAUUCGUGGAGGGAAAUUCGCACCGAGCCGGUCUUAUGCCAAUUUUAUUCAAAAUUACUGCUCCGCCAAACUUGAAGCAAACCAAAUUCGCCGAUGUUCGGCAUAUAAGUGCACAUCCCGAGGAAGAAGAAGUUCUUUUCAAUUUAGGUGCCGUUUUCAAGAUAACUGGCGUCGAAGAGAAAUCAGGAUCUAACUCAUACGUCUUAGUGCGCAUGUCAGCGACCGAUGAAGGUUAUGAAAAUGUGGAAAAAUACAUCGGAAUAUCGAAAGAUGACUUAGAAAGCGAUGACAAAAGAAUCAUGUUUGGUCGACUGCUAAUUGACAUGGGACAGUACAAAAGAUCCAAAGAUUAUUACGAUGAGUAUAUUGAUGUGAUGAAGAAUAUCUGGAGAGAUGACGCACUCCAGUACGCACCAUUGUAUCAUAACCAAGGAAGAGCACAUGCUUGUAUGGGGGAAUUUGAUAAAGCCUUUAUCCUUAUAAAACGCGCGCUCGAAAUUCGUCAGAAACACUUGAAGUUCGAUGACCCGUUGAUAGCUCAUACGUUGAACAGUUUAGGCGUUAUGGAAGGACAGAUGGGUCGUUACACCGACGCCAAAGCCAAAUUCAACGAGGCUCUCAGCAUUUUUCAACAGAACCAAACGAGCGGCUCCAGUCGUAUAGCAAGCCUUCAAAUAGCGAUCACAAACAGUAAUAUUGGCUGGGUCGAAUAUCUGCAAGGCAAUUAUAAUAUUUCAGAGCGCCAUCAUAAAGAAGCUCUCAAAAUUCGAGAGAACCUCUUUCCCGAAGAUCAUCCUUUGAUUGCCGACAAUCUUAAUGCACUCGCUGCUGUGUACCAUGCUCGAGGUAAAUAUCUAGAUGCAGACAAAAAUUAUGAAAAAGCACUGAGCAUUCGCGACAAAGCAUUGCCUUCUCAUCAUCCGUCCAUUGCCAACAGUUACCAAGCGCUUGGCAGUGUCAAGUUGGAGAACGGAGACUAUGCACAAGCAUUGAAAUAUUAUGAGAA